AUGGCUCUCAUUCUCCCUCUGCUUGCUCUAGGCGGAGCCAUCAUCCUCGCCAUCUUCGAGUACAUCAUCAAGCCAGCCUUUUUGUCGCCUUUGUCAAAAAUCCCCGCCCCUCACUGGAGCUGUCAUGUUUCUCCGGUGUGGCUCCUCUGGGCUAAAUGGGCUCGCUGGGAAAACCGGCUGGUGUAUGAGAACCACAUGAGAAAGGGAAAAGCCCUACGUCUCUCGCCAAAUACUCUGAGCCUCAACUGCUUUGAAGGCGGGCUUAAGCAGAUAUAUCUUGGUGGCUUUCCAAAGACAGAAUUCUACUGGAGGGGUUUUGCCAAUUACGGCACUGAGAAUAUCUUCACUUUUGAGGAUAACCCUACGCACUCUGCUCGCAAGAGAAUCAUAUCCGGCGUCUUUUCCAAGUCAAAUGUAAUUUCAUCCCCAACUGCCCGUGCGGCUACCAAACUGGUCUUGUACGACCGUCUAUUGCCUAUGCUGUAUAAGGCGGCAAAGAAUGACGAGCCGCUCGAGGUCCUUGACAUGAACUUCUCGUACUCGAUGGACUCAUUCAUUGGCUGGCAGUUUGGCUGCGGCCUGGCAAGCAAUUUUCUCGAGGAUGAGGAGGAACGAAGAAUGUACCUCGACGGCUUUGGCGCAGCGGCCCCAUAUGUCUUCUGGCAGUAUGAAUUCCCCACCCUCAACACGUUGCUCAAGUCAGUCGGGUGGAUCCCAAGCAAGGUUGACUCUGGAUUCCAUGACCUCGAAGCAUGGAAUCUUGACAAGUGCGACAAGGCUCAUGAGCUUCUCGCUCGAGGCGAGGACACGCUGGCAGAGGAGAACAAGCCCGUGGUCAUGGCAUUGCAAGUCAAGGCGAUGAGCGAGAUCAACACCAAGCCCAAGGAGUACGCAAACCGCAUGAAGAUUGCGAGCGACAUGUUUGUUCAUAACUCGGCCGCACACGAGACAAGCGGAAUCACUCUGACCUACUGCCUCUACGAAUUGUCACUGGAUCCCAAAAUCCAGACCAAGCUUCGCGAGGAGCUUCUGACGCUAGACCAUCCUCUAACGUACCCAAUCCCAGAGGGAGAAGACGUCAAUCUGCCAGCUGCAAAAGCCGUCGACGCGUUGCCCUACUUGGAAGCCGUGAUAAUGGAGACAUUGCGACUGUAUCCGGCUGUUGCUGGGGGACAACCUCGCCGUGUCCCUAAGCCAUGCUCCCUCGGCGGGUACGACAAUAUUCAGCCAGGCACCAUCGUUCAAUGCUACGCCUAUUCCCUCCAUCGAACACCGGAAGUAUUCCCAGAGCCCGACAAAUGGAGGCCAGAGCGAUGGAUCGAAGCAACUCCACAGCAAUUGAGUGAGAUGCGUCGAUGGUUUUGGGCGUUUGGAAGUGGUGGCCGCAUGUGCGUUGGCAGCCACUUUGCAUACUAUUCGAUGAAACACUGUAUUGCGAGCAUCUAUACCAACUUCACAACCACCAUCCACACUCACGGGGAUAUGGAACUGGAGGAUAAGUACUUGGCUGGACCUAAAGGGCACAACCUGAAAUUGAAAUUCCAUGUGGUUUAGG